AUGGAGAAGCAAACCACCAACUUCAGGGUCUGUUUGCCUGUGAGGAAAAGAGUUGCCAUUGCACUGUGGAAGCUGGCUACCAACAGUGAAUAUAGAAGUAUAGGUCAUCUUUUUGGUGUCAGUAAAUCAUCAGUGUGCCGGUGUGUGCAGGACUUCUGUAAGGCUGAAAUUAUUCAUUUUCCGGACUGGCAAAAUCUUAAAGACAUGGCUGACUACUUUGAGAACAGGUGGGGCCUUCCACACUGUGUUGGUGCUAUUGAUGGGUCACACAUACCAAUAAUAGCACCACAAGAAUACCACACUGACUACUUCAACAAAAAAGGCUGGCAUUCCAUUAUCCUCCAAGGAGUAGUGGAUGGAAAAGGACUAUUCUGGAGUGUGAAUGUAGGAAAGCCUGGGAGUUUGCAUGAUGCUCGGGUUCUACGACUGUCCACAUUUUGGGAUUGGGUUGGCCAGGGAGUCCUGUAUCCUGUUUGCACUAAGAACAUUGGGGAGGUGAAUGUUGGCUAUUAUGUGCUCGGGGACUCUGCCUACCCUCUACAAAAUUGGCUCCUGAAACCAUUUCCUGACAAUGGCCGCCUGACACCAGAACAACAAACCUACAACAAGAAAACAUCCAGGGCAUGGGUCGUAGUGGAAAAUGCAAUCAGAAGACUUAAGGGUAGGUGGCGUUGUCUUAUGAAGAGGAAUGACAGUGACAUUGCACUUGUCAAAUCCAUGGUGGUUACUUGCUGUGCUCUUCACAAUCUUUGUGAAAGACAUGGAGAAGACUUCCACCAGGAUUGGAAUACGUCUGCAGAAGAGUCAGGACGGGUAAUUACACAGGAUAGCGAAGAAGAGUGCAGUGAAAUACGUCAGGCUCUGAUGCGGCACCUCAACAUUUAA